GGGCGCCGCGCGAUGCAUUUUAAAUCCAACGACUGAUCGUGCGCGCGCAUACCCGGAGUUCGAAGACCGCGGUCGAAGGCGAAUAUCCAUAAUUCCAAAUUUGAAUUUUAAAAUAGAAAAUAAAUAUUAACUGCCAGUAAUUUAAGAAAAAAGGAAUUAAUUGCAGCAGUGUACUGUGCAUGAUAAGGACUUAAGUGCUGUGAUUACAAACGGGCAGUAUUGUUUGUAUUUUGUGUGAAGAGAAAAAAUAACUACAAAAUGAACGGGGGUCCGACCGGUAUCAACAUGUCUAUUGUGGACUCGUAUAAAAGUUUCAUGGACCGAAACAGCGACCCCCGCACGGAGAGCUGGUGGAUGAUGUCGGGCCCGGGUCCCCUCAUCACGGUCCUCAUCUCUUACCUCUACUUCUGCACUUCAGUGGGCCCGCGCUACAUGCGGGACCGGAAGCCCUACGACCUCAAGUACCCGAUAGUGGCGUACAAUGUGUCGCAGGUGCUGAUGAGCGUCUACUUGGUUUAUGAGGGUAUGGUGGCCGGCUGGUGGAACGACUACAACUUCUCUUGCCAACCUGUUGAUUAUUCGGACACUCCAAAAGCAAACCGGAUGGCAGCCGCAGUCUGGUGGUACUUCUUCGCGAAGAUUGUGGAAUUGCUGGACACGAUAUUCUUCGUCCUGAGGAAGAAGAACCGGCAGAUCUCGUUCCUGCACCUGUACCACCACACCAUGAUGCCCAUCUGUGCCUGGAUCGGGACGAAGUUCCUGCCUGGCGGCCACGGCACCCUGCUCGGGGUGAUCAACUCGUUCAUCCACAUCAUCAUGUACACGUACUACCUGAUCUCCGGGCUCGGCCCGCAGUACCAGAAGUACCUGUGGUGGAAGAGGCACGUCACCACACUGCAGCUGAUCCAGUUCUGCAUAAUCUUCUACCACAACUUCACGGUGAUGUUCACCGACUGUAACUACCCUAAGUUCAUCAACUUCCUGCUCUCUCUCAACGCAAGCCUCUUCCUCUAUAUGUUCGGGAGGUUCUACUAUGUCAACUACAUCAAGAACUCCAAAACCACAAGACCCGACCCUAAGCCUGUUACCGUCAACGGCAAAUCUAAAGACUGUUAGCAAAAUUAGCUUACCUUAACUGUUCAUACAAUUUUGUGAUAAGAUAGUACUGUUGUAGUUGUAAUUAGGUAAAGUGUGAGUGCGUAAGGUUUGGGAUCUGUGGAAAUGCUCAAUUCAUAGAUUUUUUUUAUAAGUUCAUUAAAAUCAUGUUUUUUAAGAUUGUCAUCCGUCUAUGUCGGUCUAAGUAAUAGAUUCAGUUGAAUUCCGAAUCCUUUUUUAAAGAAAGACAAUGAGAAUAUAACAUGGUCAAGGAAUUUACGAUAAAAAUAAAGCCUGUUUUUUAACUGUUUUUUAAGAAUUUUGUUUGUAUUGACAUUGAAAUUCACUUAUAGAAAGAAAAAAAAAAUAUUGUAAAAGAUGUUGGAAUAAUUACAAAAGUGGAUUGUACUUUCUUUGGUCAAUCAAUUCUCAAGUUUAAUUUCGGUUCACUUGAUCUUUAUUAUCAUGAUCGCAAUAUUUAUUAAGUUUUAUCAUUAUAGUUACGCUUACGGUUCUCCGAUUUUAUUGUGUAGUGCCCAUACCUAUAAUAACAAAUUAACGUCUGUAUGCAACAAACAAGAAGAGCAGUAUUAAAGGCAGCUUAUUUUAAAAAAUAUCUUUGAAUACUUAACUGUACUACGUAGCUUCCGUUGUCAUCAGAUUAAUGAUCCAAUGCUAUAUUUUUACUAUAACGUAAGGAAUAUUAGGUCCAGAUUCAUCACAAAAUUUGUAGUAUUAAUAUUAUGUAUAUCAUGUAAUAAUAAUUACUUAAAUAUUAAGGACCUUAUAAAAUUUUGGAAAUGCAUUUGUAACCUCUUAAAAUUAAGUUUUAUCGAAUAAUACCUAUACAUAUUAUUAGUUAAGAUUAGAGCAAGAAGUGGAUGUAAAUAGUAAUAUACGCUACGGAACCUACAAUAAGUUUAAAUACAGAAGCAACAUUAGGUACUUGUGUAAUUUUUUAGUUAGUGAACGGUACAGGUCUAAAACCUUUCCUUACUUCAUUGGAAGGAGACCCGUGUCCCAGCAGGGAGGACGUGAUGGGUCGUGAUGAUAUGGCAGGUACUGUUCGAAAAUAAAGAAGCAACAGAUACUCACGAGUAAAGAAAAAGUUCCAAUAACAAAAUGACGACACCAAACGACCCCAAUUUAAACAAAAUAUAGAAGAUACGUAUUUUGUUGCUAAUAUUCUGAUGUGCUUCUAAAUGUACGUACUUCAAAAUUGCAGGUGGUCUCAUAAAGUUAUGUAGUUUUUCCCUUGAGGAGUAAUUUGUUGCUAUGUAUGUCACUGGUACUUUUUCAUUGCUCGCGAGUGUACCCUAACUUUCAAUUGAAUGUGCAUUAUUAACUACAUUCUAUUUAUCUCUGCAAAUUUGAAAUCUGUCACAAACUUACUCUGAACUUUGUGGUAGAUCUGUGCCCUGUACUUUGUAAAGCAUGUCUUAUAUACCUUUUUGGUAUACUUACAUUAGGUACAUACUAUACAUCUUCAGUUUUAUGAAACAAACGAUUUGUUUAUAGUCGCAUUCUCACUGUUACAUAAUGAAAAUGACUUUGAAUAAUAAGAAUUAUUAUAACAGAUAAUUAUAAUCGAAUAAAGUUGAUGAUUUUUAUAA